CCGGCCGUCCAUCGCCCUCACGCAGAAUGUCGGCACCGUCGGAUCCGGCUCGGGACAAAACGGCGCCGAAGAUGAUAUAGAGGGGGUUCCUGCCGCCUAGCGUUGCCCGCGGAGGCGGUCUCCUUCCUCGCGCGCUGUCUUUUGGUUGAUGCUAACGUUUGUUUGGUUGGGACUGAUAAUCUCUUUCCCUCCCCCGACCUUUCGCGUCAUCGUGGAAAGAGACAGGGGUUUGUUCAGAGCGGGAGUGGGGGGCGAAAGGCGCCAAGAACCAAGCUGUUGGGAAAAAUUUUCCCCAAGGUGACCUUUACCAAGCGCCAUUGAUGGUACUGUCUCUCUUUUCUCUCUGAACUCUCUGCAUUUUGCUUUCCUUGAAGAGAUCGGAAGUCAAGGGGACGAAUCGAAGAGGACUGAAGAAUGAAGGAUGGGGGUUCGGUCUUUGAUGGCGACAUUCUGAAGAUUUCGAGCUCCGAGUGACGGGGAAGGGAGGGAAAGGGGCGGAAGAAGGAAAAAGCAACGUCGAUGUCGUGACCUGCACCGCGGGAGGGCGACCGCCGGACGCGUUUGUUCCCGGGCCGUCUGCUGAAAAAUAUCGCUCCUCUGCUUCUUCCUCUUCUUCCGCGGCUCCGCCUCCUCCUCGUUCUUGUCCUUUAGCCUCUCCCCUUUCUCUUCUUUACACUUCCACUUCUGCUCAUCUUGGUCUCUCCCGUUCGCUGUCCUUAUCCGGGAAAGAAGGGGCGGAGUUCCGAAGUAAACGGCGAUUGGAUGCGUUUGGGAGAGAAGGUACGUAAGUUCAAGUGGCGAUAACUCAGGGAAGGAUGUAUAGCAAAGGUUUCGUGUCGGCUGCCGGGAAAACGAUCCGGAUUCCGACCUUUACGGUGGCUAUUUUCAUGUGCAUCAUCCUCAUAUGGAUCUCUGACGGCUCCAGCAUUGACGCCGGCAUCCGUGCGCUGGUGACUCACCGCCAGCGUUUCCAUGACUUAAGGCUCGCACUUUCCCGGAACCUGAGAAAAGACGUUGGCAGCAGCAAUCCCAUCGUUGGCAGCGGCAAUGGCGUCGCCAGAAGGGACAAUAUGGACGUCGGCAGCGGCUCGGCCGUCAACGGCAGUGUUAAAUCUGGUGACAAGCGCGUUGUCGAGUGGAUGGCCGUCGGUAUCGAGCCGAACAUAACGGCGAGAGCCCUGGAGAUGCUGGGCCGCUCGACCAGGGACCCAUGCCAGACGGAGAAGACGACGAGGAUCUCCGUCUCAGGACUGGACGCCGGGUUGCCCGAGCUGCUUACCGGCGAGAUCCACCGGUUUCUUGUGCGGACCUACAGCGAAGCCGGGGACCCUCGUUGCGCCGGCGGAGAUUUCUUCGAGGUGGAUCUCUCAGGCGAGUCCUGGAAAUCUCGACCGCCUCUCACAGACAAUGGCGAUGGAUCCUACAUUCUCUCACUGCAGGUCCAUCCUGACUUCCCGGGCGACUAUGUUCUCGGCAUUCGUCUCCUCUUCCGGAGCUACGAGGGAACGAAGUUUCACCCGAACCGGUUCAUGUACGAUCGGCUGAUGCUCAAUGCCACCAUCCGGUUUACCUCCGGUGAGGGUACUGUUUUCGCGCCGGAGCUCCGUCUUUGCAGUGCUUCUGACUUCGACCGCGACGCCUGGUCCGGCCGAUGGACGCGCCACGCGCGAAAUGAGACGUGCGAGAUCAACGGCUCCGGCCGAUUCAUCUGCCUCCCUUUGAACCACCCGUGCCGGUCUCCCUGGUGCGACGGCGCCCUCGGUGCACUUGAGAGCAACGGGUGGGUCUACUCUGCUCACUGCGCGUUCCGCAUCUUCGAUCGAGAGCCGGCGUGGCGGUGCCUCUCCGGCCGGUGGCUGUUCUUCUGGGGCGACUCCAACCACAUGGACACCAUCCGCAACCUACUCACUUUUGUUCUUGGCGUCCAGUCCGUUGAAUCCAUCUCCCGCCGCUUCGAUGCAACUUAUCGGAAUCCGGCGGACCCGUCGCAGUACGUCCGCAUAACCAGCAUCUUCAACGGCCACUCGAACGUGUCGAUGAACUUCGAAGGCCUGAGGUCGCUGGAUCACCCGGAAUACCGCGACCUCCUCAAGUCGUACUUCACUGGCAGUACCUCCCCUGAUGUGAUGGUGAUGAACUCGGGCUUGCACGACGGGAUCGGCUUCAGGAGGGCUAGCGAGUUCGCGGAGAGCGUGACUCGAGCGGCGGAGUUCUGGGACGAGGCGCUGGGGGAGGGGCGUAAGAGGCCGGAGAUUAUUUACCGGACGACGGUGACGGUGGCGGGUUACACGAGGCCAUUCGCGUACAAUCCCCAAAAGAUGGAGUUGUACAACGGGAUGGUUCUGGAGGGAUUCCGGCGGAAGGGGCUGGUGGGGAAGGUGGUGGACGCCUUCGACAUGACCUUUCCCUGGCACUACGACAACAACUGCAGCGACGGACCGCAUUACGGCCGGCCACCGGCGAAGAGCCGGUGGCGGGGCGGGCAGAUAGGGCACCAGUACUUCGUCGACCUCAUGCUGGUGCACGUCCUUCUCAAUGCCGUCUGCGGCUUGCCAACCCAGUAAGUGCACUAAACCCCAUAGGCAGACUAGGAGAGCCACCCAUGUGCAGCCGCGGAGUUUGCUAGGUGCAUUGUUAUGUAAGUAAUUUCAUGUUCUUGUAAUUAAUUCGUUUCUGAGAUUUCAUGUGAAGGUAUAAAAAUGAGUUUUGCUUUCGGUCAA